AACGACGUUCUUAUUUCGAUCGAUUUUGUCUUUACUCGUGUUCAUACAGCGGAUAAUUUUUGCAUGGGAAAUUCUUUACCGAUCAAAUGAAAACAAAUAUAAUUAUAAUAAUAUGACAUGUUCUCGCUGCAGAAGUGGUUGUCUCCGCGCGUGGAUUUCCAAUGUUCACACAAUCGCACUGGAACCUACGGCCCGACUACCGGCUGGACGACUGUUUUUGAAAAGUCUUCGUCGUCGCGAGUCCGUGAAAAGUCGGGUACCCAACACGAUUUCUCAGACAUGGACUUCCAGAGCGCCAUGGAGACGUUCGCCGAAGCGUGGGUGGUCGCCAGUGCCAAAGGCACGUUCACUUAUCCGCCGAUCAACGGAUUCCAGAAUCAAUCAAUGUCAUUGACGCCACACUUACAAGGAUCCACGUCGCCAGUCUCUAGUGCAAAUGACGGACCACUCGUUCCAGCAAAAUCAUUACCAGUCCAUUGUGUAGUGGAAUCGAUUAACCAUGUUUACCAAUGGAGUCAAAAACACUCACCAUCACUACAUCGAUCAAAAGGCCACGUAGAAUUGGACAGAUUCGUUAUCAUCCCAAAUAAUACUGCAUUUAGAGACUUGACAGAAACCGCGUUGGUACGUCUAGGAUAUUCUAAGGACACGGCAGCAGCCUCGAAAGGCUUGGUAGUGCUCAAAAACUGGUUACCAUUAGACCUAGACACAAUCGCCGAGGAUCCGGUACUAACAGUGAACGACGUUCUCGGAGAACUCACUACCUUAGCCACUCUGAGAAUACUUGUGUUCAGGGAAGCGAAGAACCGAUUCUCCGAUUUGAAAGAUAAACUGUUAAAACUGCUUUUGGUACAAAGCCAAACACAGUUAACAGCGUCGGGAUGUCCCCUGGACGAAGCGAUAAUAUUACAAAUGAUGAAAGUGGGACAAGCUUGUCCGGAUUUCCCAGAAGAUUUGUAUAAAAAAUUCGAACAAUGGUGGAUAAUGCAAUCGUCAAAUGUCGUUCCCAAAAUACAGCCAUCGGUAUUGCCGCAAUCAGUGAGAGACAUGUUUUAUCGUAACGGAUCGUCACCGAGGCAGUCUAAUAUGCAAGACAACCCCACUAAUUGUAUUGUUCCUAAAUCAGACCCCAAGACACACAGUCUCCAGACUGUUUCUCAAAAUCAGUUCCAAGGUCAAAAAACACGUAUGCGCACUAGCUUCGAUACAGAACUUGAACUUCCUAAAUUGCAAGCUUGGUUCGCUGAAAAUCCUCAUCCGAGUAGACAACAAAUACACCACUACGUGAGUGAAUUAAACAAUUUGGAAUCGCGAAAAGGUCGUAAGCCGUUAGACGUCAACAACGUCGUAUAUUGGUUUAAAAAUGCCAGGGCAGCACAAAAGAGAGCUGAAGUACGCGGCACAAAUUCAGGCGCUGCUGACAUGAACUCGGGAAACAAUGACGGCAACGCGAACGGUUACUGCAAGAGCAGCAGUCCCAGCGAGCACGGCGGCAAGUCGUACAGCGGCCAAGGGUCGGUGAGUGAAGCCGAAGUCGACGAUGACGAAGAGUUCGACGACAAUCGGGACGACGACGACGACUACGACACAAAACCGCCGAUGAGCCCGCCGGCGGAACAGCCGAUAUCGUUGACCACGCACGGGCGGUUUAGUAACGGCGAAACGCAGUCGCCAAGACCACAAUCGCGCAGCUCGCAACAGAGCCCCGAACACAAGGUGAUGGUCAUCAAGGAAGAGCCGCCAGAUAAGGAUAAGACAACGGUGACCACUGGACUGAACAAUAACGAUUAUGAGGACGAGGACGAUUUCGACGAGGACAUGAUAGAUGACGACGGGUCUGACGGUGGAGCCGAUGAUCGCGACGCUAUUGGGAGCAGCUGCAAACGAUUAUUACCUCAACAGCAGUCAGCGAUAUCGUGCACCACCAGCCCGGACGACUUAGUGGCAGCGGGACAUAACCGCCAGACGACACCACCACCUCCACCCCCGCCGUUAUUUCACCGAGCCGCUGAUCUUCACCAGCCAUUGAUCCGGCCCGGGUUCUCGAUGGUUCCAAACUCAAUGUUCGGCCACAGCUUCAUGUACAUGAGCCAAUGCUUGCCCGGAUUCAAUAUGGGCCGCCGUCCGCAAACAGGCACUCCACCCCCGCCUCAAUCGCAACAGUCUCAGGUGUCGUCAGCAGCCACCGCAGUGGGAUUGAAUCUAUCGGCGUUGGCCGAAGAACGCCGGAAACGGAACCGGACGUUUAUCGACCCAGUGAGCGAGGUACCACGGCUCGAGCAAUGGUUCGAGCACAACACGCACCCAUCGCACAGCCUGAUCGCCAAGUACACGGACGAGCUGAACCGGAUGCCAUACCGGCAGAAGUUCCCGCGACUCGAGUCAAAGAACGUUCAGUUUUGGUUCAAAAACCGCCGGGCCAAGUGCAAGCGGUUAAAGAUGUCCCUGUAUGACGCCAUGUCACCGAAAGAUCAAUUCUCCAUGCCCACGUAUCUCAAUCACGAUUAAUGCCGCAUCGUUCCGGCGUUGUUAUUCGAAAAGAUUUCAAGAAUGAACAAUAUUAUGAUAAUAUAAUAUUGUAAAUUAUACAAAUCAUACAAUAUAUUUAUACGAUUUAAAAAUAAUGUGUUAUAGGUACACCGCGACAGCUCGUGUACAAUUAUACUACUAUGACAUAAUUAUGUAUUAUUCGAGUAUUAUACCACUUGCAAAAAUGAAAAAAAAAAAAAAUAAUAAACUAAAUUAAUAUUUUUCGCGCUUGAAAAUAAAAAAUUAACUUUGAACAAAAAGAGUGAAUAUUUUACGUAGUUCUCUCCACGACCCUCGCUGUUUUCUUCGUGGUCGAACAUUUUUAUUGUUUAUUUUUUUAUUCGGUUUAGUCCCUUUAGUCGUGCUAGUCAAAAACGUUAUCCCUCCCACACACACACACACACACACACACACACAUACACACAUACACACAUAUACUUUAAGCAUUCGCUCGUUAUAAAUGUCGAAAAAUAUAGAGUUUUAACUUCGAUGUUAUUUUGUACUCGUAAUAGUCCUUCCGAGGAUUUAUUAAUAACUAGGCGCGUCAUCAAUUUUAUCCGAGCCAUUCGCGUUAAGCGCUUCGAGGAGAAGGAUUCGUUCCAGAGUACAAGUUCGCAUAAUAUUACACAGACGUAUAUGUAUAUCACAUCUAACGAUUUAUGACGAUAUACAGGUACUACACGUCUUGCAAUGUAUUAUAAUAUGCGUUUAUCGGCGCGCUCUUCGCUUCGGGUUAUCGCCGAGCUUAAACGUGACCGUUCGUCGACACAAUCCCGCUGUAAAUAUCGCGCACUCAUCAUAUGAUAAUUAUAUAUAUAUACGUAUAUUAUAUUAGUAUAAUCGUAAUAAUAAAGACCGCCCGCAUAUAUUAUUAUACUCGUUCUGUGACGCGUGUCACAUCACAUCGUAGUCCGUCAUCGUGCACUUAACCAAAACGAAAAGUCCGUAGUUGUACUGUAUAUUAUAUUAUAGACUAUAAUAUAGUACGUAUUAAUUUUGGUAAACGCGAGUUCGACCCGAGUGAUCUGUCGGCCCAACAGUGCGUUCCGGCACAGAAUACGAACGAUUUUGGUCGAUGGGUCAACGUCCUUUUAGGACCUGAGGUCAGGACACGUCCCGUCAUCUCCGCAACUCGGUCAUAUUAUGGUGGCCACUCGGGGAUGGCGGGACGUACGUUUCAAUGGAGUUUUCGACCACUCUUCCUCCAACGAGAGUGCACAGGUGCAAGUCGAAACGACUUUAUCACGUUUAUAAAUAUUAGAUAUUCAUAGGUAUAAUAAUGAUAAUGUAUAAUAGUAUGUCGUAGUCUUAUUUGUGAUAGCUGUUAAAUAUUUAUAUUUUUGUUUGAAUUUUAAAGCUUUUGAACACAUAAAUGAAAUAAUGCCAGAACAAUAAAAACAAUUUGUCUCGCCGGCGUUAAACACUGUGAAUUUCACCGCCGGUCGCGCAUUGUAUUGGUGGAAUAAAUAGUUAUAUAUACCAAUUAAAAAUUGUCCCUGAGCGAACACAAAUUUAUAUUUGCUUCUGAUAUCGUGGUCUAAGACGGUUUGAAUAAUAGCAUUUGUCGACAACUUCGCACUAUCGAUGAUUUUUUGCACCGUUGUUCGUGGAUGAUUCCUCUACCUUCCAGAACUGUCUAGUUCUCUGCCUCAUCACUGAGGCAGACGAUUAUUAAUGAUUUUCUUAUGAGGCCCAGUCCGUUUUGUUGAUAUUAGGUCUAUUACGUGUACAGUUAUAAUUAUAAUAUACGUAUAACAAGCAGUUAUAUAGAUAUCGCGGUUCUCUUCAUAUUAUUCUAACAUUAUCCAGAAGAUGGUGUUUUUUUAUUUGUUUUUUUUUCGAUUUGUUUUGUAACACCGACUCUUUAGAAACGACAGAAAGAAUAUUAUUAUCUGUAGAUCGGACCAAUAUGAUCUCUUGCUUAUGGUUUUUGUUGGUUUUUUUUUUAGUUUGUUGUUAAAUUUUUUAUAUUAUUAUUAUUUAUUAUUUUUUUUUUUUUGUUUUUAUUAUAUUAUAAUUUUUAACUACUCUUACGAAUCGCCUUUGCAGUAUACGCUUGACUAUUAUCAGCGCUAAACGUUUAAGGCCUUAGGAUAAAUCACUCAAAAUUUCAAUAGGCAAUGUUAAGUUAUCUACAUCAUCGAAACCAAAGAUUUAUGUUCUAUACUGUACGGUAUAUUUUAUUUGUUUGUUUUAUUAAUUUAUACUAUUUUAAAAGCGAUAAUGUACAAUAUUAUUAAACUGUAUUAUACAAUAUAUUAUCACAUUAUACGAUAAAGUGUUUUGAAUAGUUAUUUAGGGUUUUGUUGGUAAAAAUUAAGCGUUAUUAUUAUUAUUGAUUUUUUUUUUUGUAUUUUAUUUAUUAAUUAUUUGUACUUGUAUUUUAUUUUAUGAUUAUAAUCUAUUUUUUUUUUGUUCUACUAGUUUAGAAUGAUAAAAUAAUCUUACUAUUAUUAAUUUAUUUUAAAGUCAUAUGUAUGUAUUUCCAAAUACAUCGAAUGUAUUUUAACAA